GUCUAUCAGUACCAGCUGUCAGUGCUGAACAGUGCCACGUGCCAGUGCCCAUCAGUGCCACCCAUCAGUGCCAGUAAGUGCCACCUAUCAGUGCUUCCAAUCAGUACUGCCUAUCAGUGCCAGUCAGUGCCGCCUAUCAGUGCCAGUCAGUGCCACCUAUCAGUGCCAGUCAGUGCUGCCUAUCAGUGCUGCCUUUCAGUGCCCAUCAGUGAUGCCUGUCAAUGCCCAUCAGUGCACACCUACCAGUGCCUCCUCAUCAGU